UUUUAUUUAUUAGUCUUUGACAUAACCUCUUACAGCUUACUUAUUGUUUUGUUAAUUUGUUUUCAAGUUAUUUUAUUUAGAAUUUUAAUUAAGUCAUUAUUAUAAAUAUGUUAUAAAUAUGUGGAUUAAAGUUUUGGGUCGCAUUAUACUACCUAGAAAUGGUUGCUACCGUACUGUAAAAACUAUUGCCCCGAGAGUAAGAUUUGCUCCCAGUCCAACAGGAUACUUACACUUAGGGGGUUUAAGGACUGCUUUGUAUAAUUAUUUGUAUACAAAAUCCCGCGGAGGAGUUUUUAUCUUACGUAUAGAGGAUACAGAUCAGACGAGGAAAGUUGAGGGGUCCGUGGAAGCAUUAAUAAAUGACUUGCAAUGGGCUGGUAUUGAAUAUGAUGAAGGGCCCGGAAAAGACGGGAAGUAUGGCCCUUACGUGCAGAGUGAGAGACUCAAUAUAUAUCAAGAACACAUUAACAAACUUCUCGACAACAAUUCAGCAUACAAGUGUUUCUGCUCUGAAAGGCGGCUCAACUUGCUAAGGAGGGAUGCUGUGAAGCAUCAGAGGCUGCCCAAGUAUGAUAACAAGUGUAGAAGCUUGUCCAAAGAAGAUGUAGAUGCAAAAAUUAGAGCAGGAACACCUCACUGUAUUAGAUUUAAGCUAUCAUCUGAUUGCCUGUCAUUCGAGGACCUAAUAUUCGGUGGCAUAGCAUAUGACGUGUCACUGGUGGAAGGGGACCCGGUGCUGAUGAAGAGCGACGGCUUCCCCACCUACCACUUUGCUAAUGUGGUGGACGACCGGCUCAUGGGCGUCACGCAUGUUCUGCGCGGUGUGGAGUGGCAGAUCUCCACUACCAAGCAUUUGUUGAUUUAUAAAGCCUUUGGUUGGACGCCCCCGCAAUUUGGCCACUUGCCGUUAAUCGUGAAUGCGGACGGCACUAAACUGAGCAAACGACAGAGUGACGUCACAGUGGAAGAUUACAGGAACAAAGGUAUAUAUCCCUUGGCACUAGUGAACUACAUAACGCUGUCAGGGGGAGGGUUCAAUCACGUGGCAGGGGAAGGCAUCCGGCUCAAGACUAUGGACGACUUAGCCAGCGAGUUCCAAAUAGAGAGAAUCUCUUCUCACCCCAGCCGCCUCAAUCCCGACUUACUGGAAGAAUGCAAUCGUUUAGAAAUAAAACGACGUUUGAAAGACGAGAAUCUAACCAAAGGUUUAAUAGCCGAAGUGCAAAGUUUAGUUACACAAAAAUAUCCAAAAGAAUCAUUAAAUAUAUCUGAGGAACACGUUAAAAGUAUAUUAGACUGGUCGACGUCCAGAAUAUCCAAGAUAGAUGAGCUGAUUUCACCGAAAUUAGCGUUUUUGUGGAUUCUACCCUCAAAUAAUUUGGAAAUAAACAAGAAUUUAUUUGAGAAGCUUCUCGAUAAUUUGGAGAGUUUAGAUAAAUUUGAGCAGGAAUCCAUAAAAGACAAUUUGAGAAGUUUCUCCGAUAGAAAUAAUGUUAAGUUUCCGGUUUUGAUGAAAAUGUUACGAUCGGUUUUGAGUGGGCUGAACGAAGGGCCGAGUGUAGCGGAAAUGAUGCAACUUUUAGGUAAAUGUCAAUCGUUGGAAAGAAUAAAGGCUGUAAUAAAGUAAUAAAAUAAAUAAAUAAAUAAAUAAAGCCUUUAUUUCCAAUAAUAUAAAAGUAAUUGCAAAACAUUAUACAUAAUAAAUUUAGUAUUAAUUUUUAAACAUGUCAAUUUCAAUUUGUACAUUAUAAGUUUGAUUUAAAUUUUGAUUUGAAUUUCAAUUUUAAAUGUUAAUAAAUAUUUUAUGUCAGAAAAAUUCU